AUCCUUUCGCCAGCCUUGCUGCCAAGGCAGCCGGGAAGAGAUGCACCGAUGGAAACUCUUUGGACGAGGCCCAAGCUUGCCAAGGCCAGGCUGACUCUCCUCGCUCUGAUGCUGCAGAGCUGAAUGGCGGCUUGUCGAACAAAGUUUCCAGUCAUCUCCCCCUUGCUUCAAGGUCCCUCGAUACCUUUCCAUUCUCUGGUGGAGAAAAAGAAAGACAGCGACCUGGCCUUUUCCAUUUCAUUCAGGAUCAGCCUGCAAGGAAAGCUGCGGCGUCCAAUCAGCUUUCAAGCAGCUUUUGAAACUCCUCAUCUUUUUGAACAUGAUCCUUCCAUCCACGGCAUCUCCCUUGCAGGGGAUAUUAAGAGGAGACAAAAGGAAAUGGCCUCUGACUAAGAUGGUUUGAGACAGGACCGCCUCUUCUCAGAGCCAAAGAAGAGGAUGUGCCUUCUUUUUUUGACAUCUCAGCCUUUGAGACCAACUGUGGAACCGUGAGGCAUUUCUUGUGGUCUAUUUGGCCCGUGGGACUCUGCGACAACACUUGCAUUUUGUCUUUGGGAGGAAUCAACUGCUUGUUCCUUCGCCGCCUUGGAAAUUGAUGCCCGGGUGGGAUUUAACCCCUUUGGGCACUGCGGGUUUGCGCUCUCCUCCCCAAACGGAAUGCCACUGGCAUGGCCAAGCUCUUGCUGAGAUUCCAACGGUAUUUUCGGCGGAAACCCAUCCGCUUCUUUAUGCUGAUUGCCCUGUACUUGACAGCAGGAAGCCUGGUGUUCCUUCAUGCCAGCUUCACUGGACAGACCCGGGUGCCUGAGCAUGAGCCCAGCCCCAACAGCCGUGCUGGGGUUGGGACGGAGGCCAAGUAUCCGGGGACGGCCCAACUGGGUGGGGAAUUCAGAAAUGCCCCAGAAACGUUGACCACGGCCCGCAGGUAUGGCACGUGGUUCAAGAGUCCAUCCAAGGAGUUGCCUGGGCGGAGCAAAGUCGGCGACUAUGGCGGGACAUGGAGUCGAGCCCUCAAGGGAAGGAACGUGCGUGAGAAGGAGGAAGACCGAGGUAACAAUUCAUCUGAGUGGGCAAAAUACAUCGGCUGUUAUGUGGACAACACCCACCGGAGAGCCCUGCGUGGCGUGUCUUUCUUUGACUACAAAAAAAUGACAUUGUUCCGUUGCCAGGACAACUGUGCUGAACGGGGUUACCUCUAUGCAGGGCUGGAGUUUGGGGCCGAGUGUUACUGUGGGCACAAGAUCCAAGCCGCCAACGUCAGCAACUCUGAGUGCAACAUGGAGUGUAAGGGGGAGAAGAGCAACAUCUGCGGCGGGAUCAACCGGCUGUCCAUCUACCGCCUUGAAUUGGCCCAGGAGUCCGCAAGGAGGUAUGGCAGUGCCAUCUUCCGCGGUUGCUUCCGCCGCCCGGAGAAUGUGUCACUAGCUUUGCCCGCCAGCCGAUUGAUGAAAAACAUGUCGGUGGACCGCUGCGUGGACUUCUGCACCAGCAAGGAGUUCCCCUUGGCAGCCCUGGCCGGUGAGUCCUGCCACUGUGGUUUCCCCACCACCCUCUUCACUUUGCACGAGCGGGAAGAUGAGCAGCUCUGUGCCCAGAAAUGCAGUGGUGAGGAGUUUGAAAGCUGUGGCACUGCCAAGUAUUUCAUCAUGUACCAGACACAGGUGCAAGACAACCGCUGCAUGGACCGCCGUUUUUUAACAUCUCGGGCCAAGCAGUUCAUCGCCUUGGCGAGCUUCCCAGGCGCAGGCAACACCUGGGCCCGGCACCUCAUUGAACUCGCUACAGGCUACUACACCGGCAGCUACUACUUUGACGGUUCUCUCUAUAACAAAGGGUUCAAAGGCGAGCGGGACCACUGGCGCAGCGGGCGGACAAUCUGCAUCAAAACCCACGAGAGUGGGCAAAAGGAGAUCGAGGCCUUUGACGCAGCCAUCUUGCUGAUCCGCAACCCAUACAAGGCCCUCAUGGCGGAAUUCAACCGGAAAUAUGGCGGCCACAUUGGCUUUGCGUCCCACGCCCACUGGAAAGGGAAAGAAUGGCCGGAAUUUGUCAGGAACUACGCCCCCUGGUGGGCCACCCACACUCUGGAUUGGUUGAAGUACGGCAAGCGGGUCCUCGUGGUCCACUUUGAGGACUUGAAACACGACCUCUUCAUCCAGCUCAAGCGCAUGGUGGGCCUCUUGGGCAUUGCCGUCUUGGAGGACCGGCUCUUGUGUGUGGAGGGCCAGAAGGAUGGCAACUUCAAGCGCUCCGGCUUGCGGAAGCUGGAGUAUGACCCCUACACACCAGAGAUGAAGAAGACCAUCAAUGGCUACAUCAAAACCGUGGAUACAGCCUUGAAAUUUCGGAACCUGACGGGUGUCCCAGAGGACUAUUACCCGAGAUGAUGGCCGUGGGCAAUGGGGAGGUGGUUUGGGGCUGGGAGGCCCGGACUCUCCCCUGGAAAGGUGCCCUGGGUUUCCUGAGCUGGGAACAAUUUCCACCCAGUGGGUGGUUCUGCUCUUGGCGCUCAUUCCACUGCUGAUGAAUUCCCUUGCAUGAGCAAAUGUGCUGUCACCCACCCUUGGCAAAGCUGCCUGCACCACCGUUAUGUUUGCUGGGCACUGUUGUGCACCAACUUCAGCCUUGGACUCCAUGGCACCUCAAAACCUUUCCUUCCCCUGGAACCCCCGUAACGCUGGUCGCUUCCAUUCUUUUCUAGCUGGUUGCAACCCUAUGAUGCUUUUGGGGCCCCGAUAACCCUGGAAGAAAAAUCAGGUCAGGGUGGUGUAUGGCCUUUGUUCAUUGUUUUUUUCAGGAAUGUCUCCCUGGCAUGUGGGGGGUGCUCUGCUGCUGGACACUUGGGACCAGAAACACAACAAUGCUUGGGGACCCAAGUGGGCCUUACCACGGAGUACAACGGUUGGUAGAAUCCCGAGGGAUGUGCCACCGCAGAGUGUGGACCAGUUAUUUUGCGGGCAGUUCAGCUCCCAGAAUCUCCCAACCAACAUGCUGGUUGGGGGAAAUUCAAGCGUAUCUGCUGCCUAACGUCACUGGCCUCUGAUCUCUGUUCAUUUUAUUCUUCUAUCCAGGGAGUUGUGCUGUUGUUGUUGUUGUUGUUGUUUGAAAGGUGUGGGAUUCAAAAUGGCUACCUCCUCCAGCUGCUGCAGUGGGCCAUGCUUUGCCCACUCCGGCAUUCGGCAGUUGAACGGCUGCAGAGGGGCAGUUGGGGUCGACCUUGCAGCCCACAUCUCCUUGGUAUUUUUCAGCCUGCAAACCGGGCAAAGGGAGAUGCUCCUCCUUGCAUUUGGUUGUGCAUGCCACCACCCCGGAGACUCUCUGCUGACG